CGGCAGGAGGAUGGCAACGGAACUGGCGAUGAGCAACUCCGACCUGCCCACCAGUCCCCUGGCCAUGGAAUAUGUUAAUGACUUCGAUCUGAUGAAGUUUGAAGUGAAAAAGGAGCCGGUGGAGACCGACCGCAUCAUCAGCCAGUGCGGCCGUCUCAUCGCCGGGGGCUCGCUGUCCUCCACCCCCAUGAGCACGCCGUGCAGCUCGGUGCCGCCUUCCCCCAGCUUCUCGGCGCCCAGCCCGGGCUCGGGCAGCGAGCAGAAGGCGCACCUGGAAGACUACUACUGGAUGACCGGCUACCCGCAGCAGCUCAACCCCGAGGCGCUGGGCUUCAGCCCCGAGGACGCGGUCGAGGCGCUCAUCAGCAACAGCCACCAGCUCCAGGGCGGCUUCGAUGGCUACGCGCGCGGGGCGCAGCAGCUGGCCGCGGCGGCCGGGGCCGGCGCCGGCGCCGCGCUGGGCGGCAGCGGCGAGGAGAUGGGCCCCGCCGCCGCCGUGGUGUCCGCCGUGAUCGCCGCGGCCGCCGCGCAGAGCGGCGCGGGCCCGCACUACCACCACCACCACCACCACGCCGCGGGCCACCACCACCACCCGACGGCCGGCGCGCCCGGCGCCGCGGGCAGCGCGUCCGGCUCGGCCGGGGGCGCGGGCGGCGCGGGCGGCGGGGGCCCGGCCAGCGCCGGGGGCGGCGGCGGCGGAGGAGGAGGAGGCGGCGGCGGCGGCGGCGGCGGCAGCGGCGGCGGCGGGGGCGCGGCGGGGGCGGGGGGCGCCCUGCACCCGCACCACGCGGCGGGCGGCCUGCACUUCGACGACCGCUUCUCCGACGAGCAGCUGGUGACCAUGUCCGUGCGCGAGCUGAACCGGCAGCUGCGCGGGGUCAGCAAGGAGGAGGUGAUCCGGCUCAAGCAGAAGAGGCGGACCCUGAAAAACCGCGGCUAUGCCCAGUCCUGCCGCUUCAAGAGGGUGCAGCAGCGGCACGUCCUGGAGUCCGAGAAGAACCAGCUGCUGCAGCAGGUCGACCACCUCAAGCAAGAGAUCUCCCGGCUGGUGCGCGAGAGGGACGCCUACAAGGAGAAGUACGAGAAGCUGGUGAGCAGCGGCUUCCGAGAAAACGGCUCGAGCAGCGACAACCCGUCCUCUCCCGAGUUUUUCAUGUACCCAAGGGAAUCCUCUACAUCAGUGAUGUGAAAAAUCCAGUUGCCUGAAGUCCAAGAGAAAAUAUGAUGCUGGCAUGCUAAUCGCGUGAGACAACUGGGCCCACAGACAGCCACAAAGCACAACAACAAACCCCAAACUCAGACAAGAAGCAAAAAUGGAGCUUUCCUGGCAUCUACAAGAAGCGCUUUAUUUUUCCUCUAGAUUUCUUUUCUAAGAGACAAAAACAAAGAAACUGAAACAUUUACAGACACGAUACGGAUUUCAGGUGAUCAUAGCCGAGCAUGUUCUUUUAUUAAGCGUAGGGUGGGAGGAAUGGGAAGUUUGCUCAGGAGAACAGGGAGGCUGUGAAAGCCAGCGCGCAAGGUGCGUCUUCACGCUGGGCAUGGAGAGUGGAGGGAACAAUUUUAUUCCUCAUCCCAGGAGAAUCCCGUGUUUUCCUAAGGACGCACUGCUUCCUUUCCUGCCCAUCAAGGUGUCUGGGGAAUGAGUUUGCAAAAUUUGUUUCUUAUAAUCUCUAAGGAAUUCUGUGCACAGCUUUGGCAAGGGAGGAUGUGACCGGUGCGUGUGCCACCCACUGGCUGUCCCUGCUCGGCUCUGUCUUUGAGUUGUGCCACCGUCGCGGCCGGCAGGAUGAAGGUUCCCCGAUUUCUUUCCUUGGCUGGCUGUAACGACUGAGACCGUCAUUUCCUGAAUCAAGGCAGCACGGAAGGGUGAACUCGGUCUUUUCCAGCCCUUGGCUGCCGUGGUGGGACAAGGGGGCACCGGACUAAUCUAUCUAGCGAGAGUUGCUUGCGCUUCUGCGCUGAGCGAAGGAACCCACCCACCCACCGAGCUUCCGCUUUCAAACACAGCCGUACAAAGCAAAGGGACCCACAGGUACCCCAGCCCCAGGAAAGUGAUUUCUUCCCUCCCCUCCCCCGGAACUCCGUUUCCCAUUGGUACUUGGCAUUUUCCACUCAUGGCGGCGGCUCUCGCCUCUCUGGUGCGCACCCGCGCGACAGGGCCAUGGAGACCCGCGGGAUCCCGAGGUGGGAAGGGUCCGGCGCGGGCAGCGGUGCUCGCCCUCAGUGGGGCUGGCUGCCCACGCGCUCCUGCACCAGCCUCUCGCUGAGUGCCCACAGCGCCCGGGCCGUCUCCUCGCGCUGCGCUUCCGGCGAGGGCGUGCAGCGGCAGCAGCUGUUGAAGUACAUCCCUCCGAGGCCCUCGAGCUCCGGCGCCGCGGCGCAGUAGACGGUGGUGGCGGCUCCCUGUUGCUGGGAAUCAAAGCAGAAAGAGGAAGGGGUGAGGCGGUGCGGGCCUGGGACUGUGGGGCGAUCACCCGGCCCGCCCUCCCUGCCUCCACGGCCGCUGGCGCGCGCGGCGUGGCAGAGGGUACAGAGCUCGGAGCACAUGGCUGUAAAAGGAAUGAUGUGGCCAUCCUGGAAAAACGAGUUCAUAAACUCCGCUCGUAAAGCUGGUGUGACUUUUUACACCUCAUAGAGGAAAAGGCUUGGAAAAUAAAUACACGUAUCAAUAAAUCAGAGCGGGCCCCCCUUCUGCACACAGAGAGAGAAUGAUGGUCUCUUUUGGAAGACGCGAGAACAAACUCAUCCAACCCUUUGGCUGCUCAGCGGCGGAUGCGGAUGUAAUUUGACACCAAGAACUUUUUCUUUCUUUCUUUUUUAGAACUUUGUGUCUGAAUUAAAUCAACCACGCUUGAUCAUGGCCCAUCAGGUAGAAAACCUAAGUGGGGCUGGUGUCAGGUCUCUUCGUUAUUCUUUGCCCAUAGUGCUACUACAGGAAGAGUGGGCCGUGCUUCGUUAAAGACGUCUGACACACACACACACACACACACACACGCCUCACACAGCUACACAGCACAUGUAUCGGUGUGCCUGGAACAUAUUGGAUGAAACCUCUUACUUGCCCCGGGUUUGCAAUGGGACAGGGGUUAAAAGGCGGUAUUUCCUCCCUGCCCACUUCAACAUACAAGUUGCAGCAACAGCUGUGGGUGACUGGCGCUGCAUCUUCUGGGUACCACUUGAGGCUGCGGAGGGAUGCCUCUGCUCGGGAGCCCCAUAUCAUCUGGACUGACAGGAUACAGUCAGCGAUGCUGUAAAGAGGGCAAGGAAUCACUUUGCUUUGCAGGCCAUAAUUAAAAAUAAUAGGCCGCUCCUCAUAGGGAGACACGGUAGGCCCGGCUCUAAUUUAAAACCAAUACAGUAGCUCUGCCAUCUUAUGAUUAUUUAUGUGCAUCCCGGCCCUGGCUGCAUCAACUAAUUAUCAGCUGGUGGGAGGAAGGGGUGUCCAGAAGAGGACCAGGGAAGGCAACGGCAGCCCGGGUUGCUCAGAGGAAACCUUAGGGACGUGUGACUGUGGGGAAAAUGGGCGGCUCCUGUCUGCACCCCAGGCUCCUGUUUUUCGGCCCUACAUGUCCGCUGUGCCGCAGCAGAGUGCUCUGUGGAGACCCUGUCCUGGGCAGGGCUGGUUUUGCACGCUCUCUGAUUGCAUUUGAAAAGCAGGAGAUGCCAAGGCCAUGCUGGACCCAGAGUCCUAAGGUUUUACUGUUUUAGGAAAGUGCCAUAAAAUAGGCUUGGUUUUUUUUUUUUUUUUUGGCUUCAGCGUCAGUGUCUGUGGUCACCUUGCAAUUGGUCUGAAAACAAGUGAUGGUGGGAGGGGUGUGGUGGGAGAGACAGAGCCAUGAGUCCUGGUAAGAACUGGCUGCCACAGUGACCCAGACAAGUCCCACUAGUCUCGAGGGUGCACAAGGGCCAUGACUUGACCUUAGUUAAGUAGUGACUGGUUGGCUAUCUCCCCAACUCCCUCACCCUGCCCAUUCCCCCAAACAGCCAGUGACUACCUUGGAUAUAGCUGUUUCCUUUCCAGUGGGUUUGUGUGGUUCAAGUCUAAUGGAAAUGAGUUCAUGUCAUUCAAAUUUACUUCCACUGAGUUAUUAUUCCUAAUAACCCUUAGUGUAGCACCUGGCACGCUGAGCGAAAGCAUUCUGAGUGGCUUAUCUGACUCCUCCACAUCCCAUGUCAGGACAAAGGAAGCAGAAGUGCCUCUGAGGAUAAACUGGAGAACGGAGAUGGUAUUUUUCAUGCAUUUGGGGCUAUCAGCUGCGGACUUCGAUUUCCCUCUGAGGCUGCCAACAGCACCAGGGAGUAGGUAGGUGACAUGCUGUGGACUCACAGGUGAUGAGAAAGCCCAGUCAGGUCCUCCCAAAGUCCAGGUUCAACCAUGGGGACAGACUGGCCUUUUGCUGUUCUGCUGGUCCCGACAGGAGACUGCCAAGGAGGCCAUCUGGGGAAGCAGAGAGUGGGAUUCUUCCAAACCCAAUGUAAUAUUUUGCCACCAUGACCUUCUCAAAUGAUAUCAUGUUGCUCUCCUCAUUGUUCCAAUGAGAUUUUUGCAAAGGAAUUCUGCAGUCACAUUGAUUUGGAGUUGAGUUGGGGGAGCUGGGGACACGCAUUGUCCCUCUGCGGAAUCUGCAAAGCGAUUGCAAUUGGCCUCAUUUCAUGUAAAACCACAUUUGGCUACGAUGCUAAAAUCCAUACAUGUUUAAUGAAAAAAAAAACCAUUUUUUGAAAAUUAGAAGCUGGCCUUGACAUGCUUUGGCAGCUAGACCAAAGGGAUACACAAUCUCAGUUCCACUACUAGGAAACCUACAAAGCCCUGGCCUUGUACAAGGGGGCACCUGAGAGCAGAGACUUCCUUCUCCACUCCCCCAGUCACUGGCAUACAUCUGGCCAGGUCUCCCUCUCUGGUUCCUGCCGAGUGCGACUGGCAGUUGUCUCACUCUCCGCCCCUGCUGGACAAUGAGCUGGUGACAAUAUCAUGCUGCUCCCUUGCCUACCACCUCUUUGGCUGCUGGGGAAUAACCUUUUCAGCUGUCCCAUGGCAACUUCUGAGUGACAUCUUUAUAUGAGCAGAUGUGAUGACAGUUUAGUAACAAGUUCUCGCUUUUGGCACGUCAUCUCCCCGUCUGGGACAGCCUGAGCCACAGUAAGUGCCAUCUCAUUAGUAAACAAGCUGGUACUGCUGAUACAAGAUAAAACAUUUUCUAACUGAUAAAAAAAAGUUUAAAGAACACUUUCAUCACCGUCAAAUGACUUUCAGGCCACUUUCUGGGCCAUCGUCAGUACCUAUUUGAGAAAAAAAUGCAAGAGCACUCUGCGGGAAGAAACGGUAAGGAGUCUGCUCGCCAGGCUCUGGAGCUUCCUGAUCCAUUGUGAUGGAAUCAUCAUGCCGAGACGUGGAAACGCUGGCUGAGCCGCUGUUGGGAGGACGUUCUGUCAGAACGGUGGGGGCGGGGUGCAGUGCUAAUCGCAGGAACUGGGCAGCUCCACCGGGCAGACCCAGGACGGAGCACUUCCGGGGAGCUCAGUGGAGUCUUUGAUUGUGUUCCAAUGCCACUUCCGAUACAGUCAAACAUCUGAACGGCCGGCGGAGGACCGUGCCAUCCAGCCUGAUGGUGUAUGUAAAAUUACCCAGGAUUCCUGUUUGGGGUUACAUUAAGAAUGUCUGGGUAACAGGGGCUCAUCAUUCUUUUUCAUGAACCAUUUGUCACAUUUGCAGCACAAGCUUCAACUACCACAACGUGGGCUUUGGGAAGCACUUGCUGUUUAUAGUUGAGGUUCUAGAGUCUAAAUUAUCCAUCCUCCCAAAAUCCUUUGUUGGGAUGAAAAUGUUAAGUAGCUGCCUUUCAUCAACAUUUAUUUGAUAACUGCUGGCCAUCAGCUUGUAGCUGUCAGCAUGGAAUACAAAUGACUAUUGACUCCGUUGAAGGAAAAGGUACAGAGGUUUCUGAUAAAAAAGAAAUAGCAUAAAGAAUGGCCCUCGGACGCACACACAUUGAUGCCUAAAAUGCAUUGGUUAGUGAUCUGGUACAAUACUUACGUUCUCAUAAGGACACGUGAUACAUAAUUCAAUGCUUAGUUUUCAGGUUUCUCUAUUUUAAAACGCAUGCUUACUUAAAAGAAAUAGUAGAUUCCUGCCUUACGUUAGCUGUAACUCUGAGGUAUAUUAAACAAUAGACAUAAUACCAUGGCGUUUCUAGCUAUCCAAUAAUCAGAGGAGACGUUCUAAGAUCGCCUUAUUCCACAUGUAUGGAUACUAGGGUGAAUGGGAAAUUAACCCAUUUAUGCAGAAAAGCAGACUUAUCUAAGGGAACACGCCGCAGAAGAAGUCCAGAUUAACUUCUGACCCGCAAGCGCAGGAAAGGAGAGGCCCCUUCAGAGGUGGGCACUCACGCCAGAGCUUGGGCAGAGGAGAGACAGGGGCCUCUUCCAACCUGUAAAGCUUCCAUCAUGAUUCAUCGGGGGUCGGGGGGGGGCAAAGCAAACUCCCCCAAAUUGCAAACCCAGUCACCUAAUCCAGCGGGCCUGUGAGUACCACGUGGAGCAGCACAAUUAAUCGCCCAGUCGUGGGGGUAUGACGCACGUGUCCCGCAUGGAAUAAACGGCUGUCUCCCGGCUAUGCUCCUGCGUGAGCUUAGAGAGCCCACCCUACGGGAAAGGUGCGGGGUGGGCUACUCGAGUCCAUCUCCAGAUACCUUGCUGCUUGGGACACAGCCGUUACAACAAGCAACUCUACUUUCAAUCUGACUUAGAAGACGUGCAAAGGCAAGUUGUCCGUCCACCAGACAGUCUUUUCCAUGGACACAUUAGCCGCAUAUGAGUUGAUAAAAUAAUGCAGUCUGUACAGGGCCUCCCCACUGCACAGGACUGCAGCCAACAGGUCACCCUCUGCCUCCCCCGCCGUGCGUGCAUCACUCAGUUGUGCUGUUCGAUUUGGAAUACGUGUUCAUGAACAAGCACGCUGACCACUGUAGGACUCAUGGGAGGCGGCAGCUGACUUGUUUUUCCAGUGAGUUGUAGCAAGACUGUUCAAUGACAGUUAGCAACAGGCUGCAAUUUUUAUAAGUGUUAUGUUCUAAUCCUCACAGCACUCUCAGAACCAGGGAUAACAGAUAUACUCAUUGUCAGAGCAGCCCCCUUAGUGUUAGCCAUCGAACGCGCCUUGCUCAAAGCCAUAUGGAGAAUCACAAAGACUGACCAAUCCCAGAAUCCCCAGGCGUUAAUAUGCGAAACCUCCUUCCCAAAUGUGUUGCACAAAUAUUUGCACAGUGCUUGCUUCCGCUUGUAGGUCUCCCAUUUUGCUCCUGCUACGCCUGGCCAGAGUGACACCCUGACGUGGCCUCCAAUCAAAUGCACAGGCUCUCAGGAGUUCAGCUGGGAACUGUUGAAAGGAGAUUUCCCCAUUGUUGAUUUAGUCAGUGAGCUAAAUUGAAAUUAUAUCCAUUUGGAUUAACAGAAAUGAAGACUCAGCACCCCCUCGAAUGAUCCCACAGCAAAUGACCCUGGAGAGAAAGGUGGUCUGACUGAAAACGCUACCUCCAGGUGCCAGACGUGCCGAGCGAAGGAACCUGUUCUUGGAUGACAGGACAUCAAGACUAGUGAAAUCUAAGCAAUCUCCCCCUUACAAAUCUCCGUACACGGGAACCGGUGCAGCCCGUGUAGGAACGCCCGUGGGCAGAGGAGACCUGACCCUCCCCCUUAAUUCCUAACAAAGGAACUUCCAUGAAUGCCUGGAUGGCCUUUAGCCACGUGCAGAUACUUCCUGUGGGCGCUGCACUGUAACUUUCUAUCUGAGCAGAGCACAGGCUGGUCUCAACAUCUAUUACUGGAAGGGAAAUGCACUUAGUUUCUCAACUACAAAGAGCGAAGAUGAUCAGGGAAGUCGAUAUUUGUUACCAGGCUUUACAAGUUUGAAAGAGUGUUUUUAGAAUCCACGGAGAUCCCAUCCCGUGUCUUCACGCUGCAGAAGAGAAUGGCGACUCCUACACAACGGAUGUAGUUGGAAUGGCUGUUUAACUUUUGCCACAAGGAAGAGUUUCUUGGCUAAGAAACACGUCUGCGAGUGUGCAGAACCUCGGGCUCCUUUUCAGUUAAUGCUCACACGCUAGGCAGAGAGGGGGAUUCCCCAGGGGACGCUGGGGACAUGGUCUGUGCGGAGGGAGAGCUAAGCGAUGGACGGGCUAUGCCGCUCCAACACUGUAAGCCCAGCUGCUCUGAGCACAUGCGAAGGGUGCCUGGAAUGCAACGUCUGAGGGUUUUCAAGUCACAGCUGCAUAUGUGCAGACCGCCACUCGGGAAGCACUCAGAAGGUGACCCAGGGACUUUCCCUGGUUGCAGUUCAGGCCCCCCAACUACGGUACCCCCUCAUGCCCCCAACCUUUCCGAGUCAGGCUCAUCAGGAGCACUGUGCAAAGCCAACCUGUUCUCCCUGACCGGAGACACUGCCUUCUAGCUUCAGGAGCUGACUUGCAGCCCAGGGUGGGAUGCACUGCAGGUCAGCAGGCCCGCUGCUCUUGGUCCUCAGGCAAGUAUUCUCGGGAGGCCCAGCAGGUGCAGGAUAGGAGGCUAGAAAGGUUCUUUCAAGGCAGAAUGUCUCCCUCAUUCCUUGGGGAGGAAUAGGCAGCAAACCCAAUCAUCCAAGGAAGUUCAAAGCCAUGUUCAUCCUGGGAACUCCAGCCAUGGGGUGGUCUGAACCUGGGCUACUUCACGCAGGACUGAAGUGCAGGCUGUCAGGACCUGCGUUUUCCUGUCGACAAACUGUCCUAACGCUUUCCUUGGAAUCAGGGAAGCCCUCCUCCCAACUUUUUCAUGUUCCAGAUUCCCGGCCAUGAAUGUUCCACGGGUCCCGAGAUGGAUUUAUGUCUGGUCUUGAAAGCGUGGAGGCAUAAGGUCUAGAUUUGUUUCAUCUUUCUAAGGCCUGCGGCUGUUGUGAGAACCCCGCUUUGCUGGUGGUGAUGGGAGCGGGGUCCCCCGGAUGUGGGAAGGCCCGAGGGGUAGCUGAAGCACAACCCGUAUGGGUGAUUGACCAGCACUUGCUCCGCCUUCUGCUUGUGCCUGUCAGAGCUGUGCUACAACCCCAGGGCCUGAACCAUCCACUCGUGUUGUCGGCCGUGUCUCAGAUGCACGCAAGUCCUCUGGCCGUGCCCCGCCCAUGCUGCCCAGAAUACAGCCACAGCUCAAUGUACAGUUUCUUUCCGAAUGGGCAGUUCCCUUGCUGGGAUGGAAAAUCACACUGGGGUACCCAUCUGUCUAGGGGGUGAGUUUGAAAUAGCCAAGCACAAGAGACGGGGAAAUUUGCCACCAAAAUAAACACCUUAUGGAUAGCAUCAUCCUGCCACAGGGGACAGAUCCGGUGGCCUCUCGCCGAAAUUUUCCAAGGGGUCCACCUUGAGGCCAGUGCUGAGGGACAGCUGAGCGUCGAACGGAAUGAAGACUUAGCUUGUGUUAAUUUGGGACAUUUGACAUGGUUACCCUUUAACUCUCUAACCUCUGUUAUAGCUAGCUCUGUAUACUGUACAUAAAUGCAUACCUCUGUAUUUGCCAUGUAUACUGGAAUAAAUCUCUGAAAUUAGUGGCAGGCAGAGUGAGUGGGUUCAGUUCCGUAACGAUGCUGAGAAGACUAACUUUGCAGGGCAGGUGCGACAAGCAACUCCCCCCUCCCUCCUCCUGCACCGAGAGUGACUCCGCCUCGUUGGCCUGCCGCUCAGUUCCUUUAGAAAACCGGGAGCUGACCCGUGAGCAGACAGGAUUUCAGGGCAAACCUUAAACAAGCUGCUGGUUUGGAUUUUAAGGCUGACAGUUCAUUUACACUUACGUCACACACAGACUCCACAACUCAGUACCGAAAAGACAUCGGCGGAAACAACUCCCCCCCCCCCAAAAAAAAAGCCAUGGGGUCUCUGCUGGGGCCACAUCUUGGUCAGAAACGAACUCUGAACUCUGUCUUCCGGAGACGAAUUAAGAGGACGCACUUGGCAGCAGUUCAGAUCUCAGGAGAAGCAGGCUGCUGCCCGGCCCGCCCCCCCCCCCCCCAGCCCGUCGCACUCGGGCAUGACUUUGUCAGGUGUGUGUUUUCAGAGCGUGCACUCGCUUGCACAGACCCUUCCUCAAGCCCAGAGAUGCCGGCUUUGUUAAUAUUUCAUUCAGAACAUACUGUGGGGAGCGUCUCAUUUAUAUUACUUCCAUAAUUAAUGCUGAUAGCUUAGGCACUGCCUUUACAUGGAGAGAUCUCUUCACAGUGGUCGAUGGGUAAUAAGAGACAAUAGAUAUUUCAUUCACCAGCAGCUUGUUGCUAGUUAGUAGGAAAUGAUGGUGUGUGCUGUUGCUUUAAUUGCCAGGGUAAAGAAUUCUGCCUGGGUGUUAGUGAGCAUUUUAAAGCACUUGAUGCAAAUAGACUAGAAACAAAACAAACAAAAAAAAUUUUACCUUGAUUAUGCAACACCUUAGCAUAGAAAGUUACGAAGGUAUGUCUUUUUUAAAAAUUGCAUUCUAUCAUGCAAAUAUAAUCUAAAUAUGCAUGUGCUGACUACUCAUCUACUGUAUUUUAGGAAAUACAAUUAGGCUGCCUUUCUCUUCUCCUAUGUAGACUGUAAAUAACUGUAGAUCUUUCUCUUGUUUCCCAUGUAAAUAUAUGUAAAUACUAACAAGCUAUGCAUGCUGAAAUACUGGGCAAUUUCGGAUACUUUUAUAAUCUGAAGGCAUGUACUCCAACUGGUUUGUUAAAAGGUGGGGGCUGGGAGGGGCUCUCUCAAACUCUUUAAAGUGGAAUCGAAAUUAAAGAUGUCUUCCUAGA